GUCUCUUCUCGUGCCCCGCCAAAAAAAAAAAAAAAAAAAAGAAGCCAAAAUAACUAUGUGACGACUUGUCUGAAUAUUAGUUUCCUCUGUGAAUAUUGAUUUUCAGUGACUCGUUUUUUGUUUUGGUGAAAUGUAUAAGUUGAUCCAGUGAAGAAAAAUCGGCCAUGUUUGAGCUAAAUUUGAAGCGCUUAAGAGUAGAUACACAUUGUCGGUUUUAUAGAUAUGUUUGAUUGGAACGACCAAGAGCUAACUGAUAUAAUAUGGGGCGAGACUGGUGAGAGCGAUGACCACAUAGUGCCAUAUGCUGAUGGAAGUGAAGGGAAAGCUCCAGCUUAUGGAGAUAACAUUAAGAAGGAAUGGGACGUGGAAGCUUCUAACAUCAAGCCUACUGAUCAGAAGAAACUUACAACUAAAGCGGAUCUGAGUAAUAUUGAACAAGAUGGUAGUUCCAAACGUGACACUGGUGGAGCUACUAUCACAGCUGGAUACAGGAUGGAUUUGGGCGCUGACCUGUCAUUGACCAAUGCGACAAAGAGUAAUCAAGAUUCCUUGUGUGCUGAGGCAUCUAAUAAUCUGACAGAAGUUCCACAACAUGAAUGUCUUAGAGAUGAGAGAAAUCGGCUUGGUGAUGAUUCUCGAGUUUUUCACCAUCAGAAUGAGGAACUGGAGCAAGGUGAUUUUAUUGAUUAUGGAUGGGCUAACAUUGGAAGUUUUGAUGACCUUGAUAAGAUAUUUAGCAACAACGAUCCAAUAUUUGGAGAGACAAGCCUUCCUAACACGCUCGAUCUAUGGUCAUCUUGUAAAGAUGUUACAAGCAGCCCAGAUAAGUCUGUUCCCCUGUCUAUUGGCUCUCCGAGUUUGGCACUAGGAUCUCUGCGUAGCCCAUCGGAAAGAUUAGAAAUUAACGCAGAAUACAGGCUAGACCAGGAGAAGUCCACUGUUGAUGAAGAGAAUGCUAAUGAUAUCACAUCUGAUGUGCAUCUAUGCACUGAUGCUAGGGACCAUGAUGGAGGCAAAAGUAUGCGUUUACCGAAGGAAAAGUUGUUUUCGUGUGUACAGGGAAAUAACCAGGAAAGAACAUUGAAAGGUCGACUUAAAUUAGAACAAGAAGGUGAAUUUGCUCAGUUGCAGGAAUUAUGUGGAUCCUUGUCUCCUCACCUGAACAAGUUUGGCAUGCCAUCUGUAACGAAUCAACCUUGUCCUGCUUCAGAGCUCAGUCAACAAAGUCUGCUUCAAGGACCAGAAUGUUUGCAGCACAAACAUUGUCCAGGUCCUCUUUUUGCUUCUUCUAUUUAUGGCGAUUCGGGUAAUUACUGUUCUCCCAUGCCUGUCUGGUCACCGUUCCAUUCUGGACAAGCAAGCCAUCAGCAUGUCCUGUCAAGUUAUAAAUCUUCCCCAGGCAAUUCAAGUCAUUUCAACAAGUCUCAAGAUGCUUCAUCAAAACCUUUGAUGAUGACACCUCAAGAAAAAAUUGAAAAACUAAGAAGGCGACAGCAAUUGAGAGCAAUGCUUGCCAUUCAGAAACAGCAGCGGCAGUUUAGCUAUCAACCAAAGAAAGGAGGAUCUGUUGAAGAGAAUAUGAGCUGCAUCCCUUCUGUUGACCCGAGCUCACCUUUAGAACAGGGUGACUCCAACCCAGUUUGUUUGGCAGUUGAAGAUCCCUCAGUGGAAGACGUGGCACUCUACCUUCUUCAGGAUGUUAUCUCAAAGUUGGACCUCAAAAUAAGACUUUGUAUCAGAGACAGCUUGUUCCGACUGGCUCAAAGUGCUACACAGAGGCAAUGUGGCAAUGAUAGUUGCAGCAGCAGGAAUGGUGGAGGAGAAGUCAGCAAAGAAGAAAUGAACACCAAUAGCAGGCCACCCCAUGUAGAGACCGAGACGAAUCCAAUAGACCGCACUGUAGCUCAUCUGCUCUUCCAUAAUCCAUCGGAGUUGCCUUCAAAACUUGCUGAAUUUCCCAAGUCAUCAAUGUUUUCCGUGCUCAAUCGUGAAAGAAAAGAAGUUGGUUUACCGAGCUUUCCAAGCAGAUUUUUACAACAGAAUUCUGAAACUAUUCCAACCACAGCUCACCAGGGACCAAAAGCUUCUGCCUCUCAUAAUGAAGUGGAUAUAAUGAAAAGUAGCCCCUGCAUUAAGACUUCUGAGAAUGCAUCAAACAAUGAGGGAGCAGAUGGUAAUGUUACUGGGGUUGAAUCCGCCUUGUGAAACUACCUAUUGUUAGAUAUAUACAUCAUAUAAGGGUAACUUCUUCUUCCUUUUAUCUUAUGAUUGUCACACUUAAUCCAUGGUUGAACAAAUUCACUACUAAUGAGGAUCCUCUCUUACUAUGUCAGUCAACUGGACACUGUGCAAUCAUGAGUUACAACAUUUGAUAUUCUAGGAAUCUAUGAUGUGCUCGGGAAGAAACCUCUUUUACACUGGUGCAACGCUUUCUAUCUUACCUCCUGCAAGUAUUGCUUUUUGUUGUACUGAAGGUUCUCAAAUAGUGAACCUACAUACUUCAACAGUUCAACUAAACAAGCCCCAAUAUUGUAAUUUGACCACGCUAAACGUGUGCUUUAUGUCUGUUGUUUGAGAUUUCUAUUUGCAACUCCAGCCUGUACUGUUCUAUAUGACUAGUAUUCGUACCCGCACGAUGCACGGUUGUUAAAAGAAAUUAAUAAUGUAAAAUUGUUAGUA